UUUUUUUUGAUUUUUGAUUUUGAUUUUUUUGUUUUUUUUUUUGAUUUUUUUGUUUUUUUCAAAUUUUAAAAUUUUCUUUCAAAAUUAUAAGAAAAGUAAUAAUGCCUGUUUAUGAUACAUUACAAUCGGAAAAAAAUCCAGUCAUAUUUGAAUUCGGUACUGCAUAUACAAAAUGUGGUUUUACAUCCGAACCAAGUCCACGUGCUAUAAUUCCAAGCGAAAUUCAUUUAAAUUCAAUUGAUAAAACCUUGCGUAUUUUCCAGAUUAAAGAUGUUGAUCUGCUAAUACAGGCACUGGAAAAAUUCAUCCAAAUGAUUUAUUUCAAAUAUUUGGCUGCCAAUCCUAAAGAUCGUCGUGUAGUUAUUGUUGAAUCAAUAUUUUCGGAAAAAAUUUUUCGUCAACAAGUUGCCGAAGUUUUCUUCAAACGUUUCAAUGUUCCAUCGCUUUUAUUCGUCCCGAAUCAUGUAGUGGUUAUGGCAACAUUAGGUAUCAACACUGCAUUAGUAUUUGAUAUUGGUUAUGCUGAAGCAAUAGCUAUACCAAUUUAUGAAGGUAUUACCAUACUUGAUUCAGUACAAUUUGCACCAUUAGGUGGUAAAUCACUUCAUCUUCGUAUAAUGGAUGAAUUAAUUCGACGAAAACCAACAUUCCAUCAAGAUGGUGAAAAUGUUGAAAUAAAUGAAACAACUAUUGAUGAAUCGAAUCUUGAAGAUAUUAUUUUUCGUACUUGUUUUGUAACAACAUUCGAACGUGGUUCACAAUUAGCACAACAAAAACUAACCAAUAAAGAUGAAGAAGAAUCAACCGAUGAUGAUGAUAGAAUUCAAUGUUCAAUAAAACGACCACCACCAUCAGUACGUUAUCCAUUUGGUGGUAAUAAAUUUCUUCAAAUUCCCGGUUCAUUACGUGAAUCUGUUUGUGAAGUUUUAUUCGAAAUGUAUGGUGAAGAACAUACAUUAGCUACAUUGAUUAUUGAUUCAAUACUGAAAUGUCCAUUAGAUUGUCGUCGUCGUUUAGCACAAAAUAUUGUAUUAAUUGGUGGUACAUCAAUGAUAUCUGGCCUAAAACAUCGUCUUUAUAAAGAAAUUGAAUAUCUAACAACCAAAAGUGAACGUUAUAAACCGAUAAAUUUUUCAAAUGAUUUUCAAUUUCAUCAAUUACCAUGUAAAGAAAAUUAUGCUAGUUGGUUAGGUGCUUCAAUUUGGGCUACAACCGAUCUAUUAUCAAUGAGAUCAAUAACAGCCGAACAAUUUGUAAAAAAUAAUGAUACUAUUAGCGAUUGGUCGAAUUUUGAUUUUUUAAUAUCACCAACAACGUGAAAGAAAGAACAUCAUUAUUGUUAUUAAAAAUUG